AUGAAUGAUCUACCACAAAUGAUUACAACCGACGAUAUCAUAUUUUUUUCAGAAAAAUAUAUAAUCGAAAAUUCUGAACAGUGUUUUACUGUUUCAUAUGCAAGCAUUCUUGGCACUAAUCAUGAAUCUAAUAUUACCAAUAUUCCCAAUAUUUCUUUAUAUGUACCUCGCUGUAUGUUUUCAGCAUUUGUAACUCGUGCUUCAAAAAAAGUUGCAGAUUUUAUUCAUUUCAGGGUAGAAUGUCUUGAGUAUAAUUCAGUUACCAGUACAGCCAAUGUUAAAAUACAAAUGACUGCCUUUUAUCACUCUCAAUCAACUAGAUUUAAAAAAUAUUUAGAUCCUUUAGGAUCUUAUAUUAAAUUAGAUCACAAUUAUCUUAUUUCAGAUCUUAUCAAAUUUUCAACAUCUGGAAAAAUAAUGAUAGAAGUGACAGAUAUAGACUAUUUAAAAACUUUGAAUACGAAUAAUAAUAUGUUUGAAAGUUCUACUUCGACAAUAUCUAAUACUAAAUCAAUAAUUGAUAUCAUUAGCGAUGAUAUCAAAUUUUCAGUUAAACCUGAUACUAGUACCGCCUAUAAAGAUAUUCAAGAAAAUCAAAAAAAGGACAAUCAGAUCACAAAAAUAAAGCAGUUAUUAAUUUAG